CCUCUGAAGAUGACAUCACUGUGGAUUCUUCUCUUAUCUCUGAACAUCAUCACUCCAGCCCAAUCUGUGGAUUUUUCCAAACCAUCAUUUCUCUCAGUGAAGUCUGGGGAACGUGUGACUCUUAACUGCUCAUUUAGAGCCACUAAUAAGGGUGAAAGUUUGUUCUGGUACAAACAAAUAUUUGGAGAAAUGCCUCAAAAAGUGGGAGGAAAAUUAGCUUAUGAAGAUAUCAACAUUUCCCCCAUGUUCAAGACGUCAGGAAUUAAAAUGGAGCAGACUGAGAACGGCGUUUCUCUGACAAUCUCACAUAUAAAAAAAGAAGAUGGAGGAUUUUACUACUGCGGGAAAGUUUACUUGGACAAAGCUACGUUCAUCACAGGAACUGUCUUGGCUGUAAGAGGUGAUGGAGAUGUAAAAGUGUCAGUGAUCCAGAGCGGCGUGUUGGACUCGGUUCCUGCAGGAGCGUCAGUGACUCUGCAGUGCUCGGUUCUCUCUGAGAGCAGAGCAGCAGAACACCAAGUGCUCUGGUUCAGAGCUGCUUCACCACAAUCCCAUCCUCAAAUCAUUUACACUCAUCACAGCAGCAGCCGUCAGUGUGAGAGCGGCUCUUCUACACACACCUGUGUGUACGACUUCUCCAAGAACAUCCUCAGCAUCAAUGAUACUGGAACUUACUACUGCGCUUUGGCCGUGUGUGGGAAGAUCAUUUUUGGGAACGGGACUCGAGUACAGUUGGAAAAAUCCUGGGAUCCUGCAGUGAUCUUUCUCGCUGUAGCUUUGGGAGUGUGUGUGUCUCUGAUCUUUGUUCUUGUUUUCAGCUGUAAAGGGAGAAACUGUGAAUAUUGCUGUGGGAGAUCUCAAGACUCUGUGGUCAAGAAAACACCAAAUCAGAGUCGUGAUGCUGUAGAGCUGAACUUUGCUGCCUCACACUUCAGUAAAACACGAGGGAAGAGAGAACGAGCUCAUGAUAAUGUGUACACUGACGUGAUUUACUCUCCUCUUUCUUAGGUCAUAAAUAUCGGACCAUGUCUAAUGUUCAUUCCUCUCAUACUUUUAACCUUUAGCCUGAUUGGAAAUCGAUAUUAACAUGAUGGAACAUUCCAAGGUGAUGAUUAAAAACUAAAUGUAAUUGAGGUCGAGGUCUCUGCAGGGCUACAGAAGUGUGAAGAGAAGAAAAGACUGUUAUACACUUUAUGUGUCUGUUGCAGUUACAGUACAAAGGAUCAGGACAAAGCAUAAAACCUUCAUCACUGAAUUUUAGUGACAAAUAACUAAUGUCUGUUAGUUAGCAUGUUAG